GCCCCCUUACACCUACCAUCCGCGGUCACGUAGGAGCAAUCGAGUGCCGAGUCCUCGAUGGGACCAGCCCCUCCCCCGCCAUUUUACACUCGCGAGUAAACGGCGCGGCAGGUGCCUACGCGCCUGGGUCAGCCCGGCCAGCCCGAGCGGCGGGCGCAGGGAGCGGGGCUGCUGGGCGUGACGCCGCCGUCCCACUGGCAGGCCCUGCCCCGAGCCGAGCCGGGCGGGGCGGGAAGGAGCCAUGGAGCCCGGCGCGGGGCGGAAGGAGAAGCCCAGGCCCAAGGAGCCCGUCAGCCGCCUGGAGAAGGCCAAGCAGAGAUCGGCCCAGCAGGAGCUGAAGCAGAGACAGCGAGCGGAGAUCUACGCCCUGAACAGAGUGAUGACGGAGCUGGAACAGCAGCAGUUCGAUGCCUUCUGCAAGCAGAUGCAGGCUUCUGGAGAAUGAGACCCUCUGACUGCCAUCCCAGGAUUGCCAAUGGCAUUUUAGACCAGGAAACAACAUGGAUAAAGUGGUGGUCAGAGUUCAGUGCUCCCAGGCAUCUUUCUGCUGACCGUGGGCAAUAAUAAAAGAACCGUACAGAACUGCACACUUGCAGAUAUAGAGGAGGUAGGAUCACUUGUACAGCAUGAGCCUUGCUCCACCUGCCCUUCAUUGUAACUGCCUCUGACCAUUGUCUGGAGUUUUCCCAGCAGCAGUGCAGAAUCCUCUGGUUCAUCCUGUUAAGAUGGCAAGUUUUUCAUUUUUUUUAACACUGUCCUUCUUAAAGGUAUUUAUUACUUUGGUUUGACAAAUAAACGUUUUUUAAAAUAAAAA